AUGGGUAAGAGACUAUCACGUCAGUCUAUAGAGAGAUCAAAUCCUGGAAGUGCUGGGACCAUUAAACUUCAGACAACGAAGAAAAUGUGGGCCAUUUUCCAAAGGAAGCAAGGGGAUAAAGAGAAAGGAGCUAAGACAUUGGAAGGCAGAGGAAGGGGAGGAGCUAGCACAUUUAAAGGGAGAGGAAGGGGAGGAGCUAACACAUAUAGAGGUGGAGCAAGGGGAGGGGCUAACGCAUUCAAAGCAGAGGAAGGGGAGGAGACAACACAUAUAAAGGUGGGGCAAGAGGAGUGGCUAACAAUCAAAAAGAUGGAGGAAGGGGAGGGGGUAGAACACAGAAAGGUGGAGUCUAAAUCAGAAAAACAGGGAGGGGGAUUAAAGAGACAGAGAGCAAAAAGAAAUAAAUACAUGCCAGACACUGUUCCUCUUCAGCUACCACCAUGUAAAAUAUGUGGGAAGCCAGCCUCAGGAAUUCAUUAUGGUGUCAACUCCUGUGAAGCUUGUAAGGGAUUUUUUCGUCGGUUUCUUAAGAAGAAGGAGCCAUAUAAAUGUUCCAAGGGAGGGGACUGUGACAUUCAGAAGUCCACAGGAAUCGUGUGUUCUGGAUGUCGUCUCCAGAAGUGUUUCAGUCUAGGAAUGUCUAAGGAAGGUAUACGUCAGGGUAGAUACACACUUCAAGAACGAACAAAUGCCAUUAUAGAGAUGAGGAAACUUAAGAAGGAGGAAGAAACACAAUCAAAUCAAAAAAGCAAGGGACAAUACUCAAACUAUUCUAUUAAGUGUGAAAGAGACACCACAUCCGAAUCACUUUCUUCAUCCCCCAGUUCAUCUGGUUCCCACGAUUCCUCAUCUAGAUCUAUAUCAGUCAAAGGUCAUGUCAAAGGUCAUACUCUGCCAUCCACAGAAAAUUACUCACCCGAUUCAUCUCAAAAUGACAGCUUUAAUCCAAAAAUAAUUAUAAAUGAGUCACAAGCAUCUAACCCCAAAAUCAAGGCAGAGAGUUCCGGUGAGGACUCAGCAUCCACUUCACAUUCCACAGCAUUGCCUUUCCAGAAUUCCAGUAUUAACAUUCCAUCACUUCCUGUAAUGGUUGGAAACAUGUCAGUGGGUAUAGAGGAACAGACAAUUCGGACAUUCACGGAGAGUUUGAUGAGGGGAUAUAAUGAGAUGAAGCCGUUCACCAAGGAUAUGUCGGAUGAGGAAAUCCAUGCCUUAUUGCAGGACGGAUAUGUGAAAUAUAACCAGAAAAUACAACUAUUUGGUAACAUGGAUCCUCUGCCCGCUAACAUCUACAACGAAAUCUUCAAUGUCACCAAUAUGGAUAUCGACGGACGAACGAAAAUUCUAGAGCUAAUUCGGACAGAACUGGUCACUGUUAUCCACGAAUAUGUACGCUUUACUCAUGGUAUCCCAGCAUUCAAAGACCUACCUGCGAAGGAUCAAGCAGGGCUACUGAAGGCUGCCAGACUUGAAUUCUUCCUGAUGCUGUGCUAUAGAACUUUGGACCCAGAGACGGGAAUGAUGGUCUCAUACACUGGACACGUCCUUCCCAUCAGGCAGUUCUGUGCCUACGCCCCCGAGGGCAUGUCUACAUCAUGGCUAGAAGUGUCAUGUGACAUUCGCCGUCUUCAACUUCAACCCAAGGAGCAUGCCGCCAUGUUGGCCAUCUGUCUGACAUUUACAGAUCGCUGUUCCCUAGAAAACCCGGAGGCAGUUGACAAAAUUCAGGUUAAUCUGCUAAAAGUCCUCCAAUACCUGCUGAAGGAGAGGUAUGAGGAAGGGAGUGGUCGACAGUUGGCCAAAAUCAUGGAUGUUUUCAUCAAACUCCGAGGCCUGAACGAGGAGUUCCUGAUGGUGUACAAAAAAAUUUGUCAGGACAAGUUUCUUAUUGAGCAGUUGCCUGAAUUACUACAGUUUCUGUUUGAUGAAUGAAACAUGACCAAACAAGAAAAAAAUUCUAUGCUCAUUGUUUUGUGUUAAGGUGCCGUGACCUUUUCCUGUAGUGUUAAGGAGGGAUAACUCUGAAAAAUGGAUGAAUCACUGUUUUUCCUUUUUAAAAUCUCCACCUUUAACACUGAUUUGUUUAAAAACUUGCCCAGAAUAUAGAAAUUUGAUUCAGGUUCAUAACUCUCACUGGGUAAAUGACUAUUUCUAUUGUCAAGGUAAAAAGCCAUUUCUGUCAAAUAUUGCCUCGCAAUGUACACUAAAAU